AUGGAGGAUCUUCGCGGUUCGAGAGACGGAAUGCCACUGAAGAGGAAGGAGACUCAGACCGAUGAAUCUGAUCCACCUCCCGACCCGCCGAGCAAGAAGAUGAAACGCGAGCGUGAAGCCUCGGUGGAUCCGAACGACUGGGACCGUCCCAUCAGAGUGUACGCGGAUGGUGUCUACGAUCUUCUGCAUCUGGGCCACAUGCGACAGUUGGAGCAGGCGAAGAAACUGUUCAAAAAUGUGCACCUCAUUGCCGGCGUGGCGUCCGACGAGGACACACAUCGACUGAAAGGACAGACGGUGCAAACAAUGGCUGAACGCGCCGAUACGCUGCGCCAUAUCAAGUGGGUUGACGAAGUCAUCGCUCCCUGCCCGUGGAUUCUAACGCCGGAGUUCAUCGAGGAGCACAAGAUCGACUUCGUGGCUCAUGAUGCGGAGCCGUAUCAAGCGGUACAGAAAUCCAAAGACAAGGAGAAAAAGGAGCGCGGAGAGCGGAAGAAGAAGAAGACUGCGCCUGCGGAUGACGAUAUCUACGGCUGGCUGAAAGAAGCGGGAAAGUUCAAGGCCACAAAAAGAACUGCGGGCGUCUCAACUACUGACUUGAUUGUCAGAAUUUUGCAAAACUACGAGGACUACGUAGACAGGUCUCUUCAGAGAGGUGUUACACCCAAAGAUAUGAAUAUCGGGUUCACCACGGCAAAUGCCAUCAAGAUGAAGAAGAACAUGCAACGUUGGGGCGAAAAAGUUUCCGACGAGCUGACCAAGGUUACCUUGACAGACAGACCUCUUAAAUCCUUCAUUGGCCUCCAUCAUAAGAGCCCUCGCCACACCAGCGAUGAAGAGGAUGGGGCCGCUUCUGACGUCUCACAGUAA